GUUGUCGUCAGUACUUAGUACCCACUACUUAGUAUCCAUAUUCUAUAUCAUUUCAAACGUAGCGCGGCCGCUGACAUUUUAUGAUUAUCGUUUUUUUACAGUUUACCCGAGUAAAGCGUCUGGCAACUCGGAACAAAUGAGAUCUAACUGGCAUAUAAAACGCAUAAAAAGAUAACUCAAAAAUGGAUUCAUUAACGAUUAUUUUGACAACCAUCAUACUUCACAAAUUAAUUAACGCAGAGGAUGCGGCCACAGUUUGCGAUAACGACAGUACUUGCAAAUGUGUCAAUAACACCGUGUUAUGCACAAACGCGACGUUAGACCAAGACGGAGUGUUUGUCCUCCCAAAUGGGACAGAAAUUUUACAUUUCAACAACGUUCCAAUUAAAGUUGUCAACAAUAGUACGUUUACUAAUGGAAAAUUGCAGAAAAUUACAUGGGUGGCAAGCAAGAUAAAAUUAGUGGAAGCCUUAAAUCACAAUGAUCUUAAGUAUUUAGAUUUAUCUAGAAACAACAUUUUUAAAUUGUCAAAUGAUGUAUUUCAUAACUGUCUUCUUUUAGAGUAUGUAGACUUGUCUGACAAUCAACUAAAUAUUUUAUCAGACGAUUUAUUCUUAUAUACUAGCUCAUUAAAAACGAUAAAUUUAGAAAAAAAUAUUUUUAAUUCUAUAUCAAAAAAUUUAUUCAAAUAUACUAUCAAUUUAAAAAACCUUAGUAUAGGGAAUCCAAAUUUAACUUUUCUAGAUGAAAAUGCAAUGACUAACUUAAACAAACUGGAAUAUCUUAGUAUUGAAAAUUGUGGAAUAAAAAAUCUUAAUCAAAGUUCCUUUGGUGUACAUAGAUAUCUAAAUAGUAUUUUAUUAAAUAAUUGUACACAUUUAACAUCGAUUGACAACAAUUUCAUCGAUUCAUCAUUAAAUUUAAAAAUUAUAGAACUCAACAACUGUGGGACAAUUGAAAUCUUACCACCUAGUAUUGUUUCUCUUAAGAACCUACAAUAUUUACAAAUGUCAAAUACACAAAUUCAGCCAAAUUGUCAAAAUGGAUGGUUUAGCCAAUGGUUCAAUAAUGAAACAACUACUGUAGUUGGUUAUGAAAAUUAUUCAAAUUUUAUUGAAACACUGAAUGAAAAGAACUGUCCACCAAAAAUAUACUACACAAACAGUCGUAUUACAUUGCAGUUAACCAAAAAAGGAAUCAUUAAUUGUAUGGCUUAUGGAAAUCCACUGCCAGCAUUUACUUGGCUAGUACCAGGUGGGUUAACAUUUCAUGAAAAUAAACAAGCCGACAUGGAUAUAGUACACCACCCAAACAUCCACAAUUGGGAUCUAAAUCAAAUAGUUAGUCAAUCACUUUUAACUGACAAAAAUGGAUCUUUACAUAUUCUACGAAUGUUAAGAACUCAUAUUGGUAAUUAUACUUGCUAUGUAUCAAAUAAAUAUGGAAACAGUUCUAAAACAGUGGAAGUACAUCUAGACAGUGAAGUAUUUUUUAAUAUCAAAAUAAAUGCACUGUUAUUGGGGAUAUCAUCAGCAUUAGGAUUUUUAAUGCUAACUAUAUUAUGUUGUGCUUUCAAGUUAUUAUUAAUAAGACUGAAUUGUAUGAAAAAAAGGAAUCAACCAACGGAAACAGAAAUGGGAUCUACUGAAAAACCAAAAAUGUUUCCAGAAAAUGUUUAGUUAUAAAUAAUUGCUAUAUGAUUUUUUUUUUUUUUUGUGGUAUAU